AAAUACAUCGACAUUAACAAUUACAACAACAGUAACAUCCACACUGACAUCAACGCCGGCCGGCGAGCGACAAAACGAAAGCGAAACUUCAUUCGUGUCGGGUUUACUUGGAAACGUCGAGUUUUUUUUUUGCUUCAAUAGAACAGUUCUUUGCAGCGCGGAGUUGUGCCACCGCAAGGGCUUGGAAAAUGCUUCCCCAAGACAGGAAAAUUCUGAGGCAACAUACACGCCAGAACCAGAACCAGAAUCCGAACGCGACAGCGGUCUCGCGGCGUUCCAGGUUUAACGGCACCUAUCAGCACUCCAAGAUGAACAGCAGCUCGAAGGCGGACCCCAUCUCGCUGAGCUUCCACGACUCCUGCCUGCGGAUGUCGGACGUGCAGCUGCUGCACGGUCCCCACUGGUUGAAUGACCAGAUCCUGAGCUUCUACUACGAGUAUCUGUCGCACGUGAAGUACAAGACCAACAAUGACUUGCACUUCAUUGCCCCGGAGGUGACACAGUGCAUGAAGUACAUGGACGACCAGGAGCUGGAGCUCCUGCUUGGCCAGAGCAAGGCCACUAACAAGCCGUUCAUCUUCUUUGCGCUGAACGACAAUGAGAGCACCGAGGCCGGCGGCACCCACUGGUCGCUGCUGGUCUUCUCGCGUCCAGAGAAGACCUUCUAUCACUUUGAUUCGUACGGGAACAACAACACGAGCAAUUCCGUGGAGCUGAUGAACAAGAUCAAGGAGCUGCUGGGCCAGCGUCAGGCCAAGUUCCGGCCCAUGCGCUGCCUGCAGCAGGCAAAUGGCUACGACUGCGGCAUCCAUGUCAUCUGUAUGACCGACCACAUUGCCGACUACCUGAACAGGUACGAGAUGAUUGAUGGGCUGCCGCCGCUGCAUAUUGACGCCGUAAAGGCCAAGCGCACCGAGCUGCUGAAACUGAUCCUCUCACUGGGCGGCAAGGGAUAGAAGCUUCUCCCUGCAUCGAGCCAGACUAGUAUUAAGAGACCAAAUUACGGAAUGUAACACCACGCGCGCUCUUUGGAAGAGGCGAAGACACCUGGAGACAUGUGAAUAUGAUAUCCUUGAUAUUGCUAAUUUUAAUUUGUUUAGUUUUGCUCGCCAAGUAAGGAUGUUUACUUGGAGGGCUGUGCCAGGCACAAACACACACACAUACAGAAUAGAAAACAAUGGCACCCCAUGGAGGCGGUGCCUCCACAUAACUAAGUUUGGUCUUGCAAAUAAAGAUUUGUUUACAACCGA